CUCUGGACCUCUGGGAUUACAAGGAAUACUCACUCAAGAAUAACUGAGAUUUGACCAGGCUUGACAGGCUGCCAGAUUCUUCAACUUUGGGAUUACUGGUCCAGAAUCGCAGCAGAAGGUCUCACUUUAGAGACAGAGGCCAGAAUUCAAACAGGUUCUCAUUUUAGCAGAGACUCACCAGCUGUCCUCAAACCGGGCAGCAUAUUGAACAGGCUGUCACAUCAACUAUCAAACUGGAACCCCGCAAAGCAACAACCAAGCAGGUCCUGCAUCCCAGGAAACCUGAAGGCAGCCUGACCUUGGACCAGCUAUCACCUGAGCCCCUCCUGGCACCAGCAGAAACGUCCAGCAUGUCUCAGACCGGAGGACGGCUCCACAACAAAAAAGCUGGCAUUCGGGCUGCCGUGAUCCUGAUCGGACUCCUGCACAAGUCUCGCAAAGUCAAGGAGAAGGAGAGGGAGAAAGAGAAAGAGGACAGCGAAGGGAAACAGGAGCUGCUGAACAUCUCCAACGUCCCUUUGGGAGAAUGUCCCCCGUCACCACCCCGCACUGCACCGCCCAGCAUGAAGUCUGCAGAGUUCUUCGAUAUGCUGGAAAAGAUGCAGGAUGACUAUAUACCCUACCCACGGAUAGAAGAUGUCCUGGAGAAGGGUGGCCCAUACCCCCAGGUAAUCCUGCCCCAGUUCGGGGGUUAUUGGAUUGAGGAUGUAGAGGCACCAGCAGGAACCCCGUCUUCCUCAGAGUCUAGUUUCUGUGAGGAGGAUGAUGCAGGAGAGGGCAUGAGUCCCGGUGGGGGGCAUAACUACCGCUUGGAGUGUAACAGCACAGCCCGUGCCUACCGCAAACACUUCCUGGGCAAGGAGCACAUGAACUACUAUUGCACCGGCAGCAGCAUAGGCAACCUCAUCAUGUCUCUGAAACACGAAGACGCUGAGGGACAGGAGUUCCUGCGCAUCAUGCUCAGGUCGAGGACCAAAACAGUUCACGACAGAAUUUCUUUAGCAGGCAUCAACCAGCUGCCCAGCGUGCCACAGAUUGCCAAGCUCUUUUGUGAUGACGCCACAGGGCUGAAGUUCAACCCGGUCCUGUACCCACGGGGAUCCCAGUUGAUAGUGGCUUACGAUGAACAUGAGGUGAACAACACGUUCAAAUUUGGAGUCAUCUACCAGAAGUUUGGACAGACAUCUGAAGAGGAGCUAUUUGGAAACAAUGAGGAGACGCCAGCUUUCAAGGAGUUUCUCGGUAUCUUAGGAGACACCAUUGAACUUCAAGAUUUUAAAGGGUUCCGUGGUGGGCUGGACGUGUCCCAUGGACAGACAGGGUCUGAAUCUGUCUACACUGUCUUCAGACAGAGGGAGAUUAUGUUCCACGUGUCAACUAAGCUUCCCUUCACCGAGGGUGAUGUUCAGCAGCUCCAAAGGAAAAGGCACAUAGGAAACGACAUUGUGGCUGCAGUCUUCCAGGAAGAGUCCACACCGUUUGUUCCGGACAUGAUCGCCUCCAACUUCCUGCAUGCUUACGUCCUGGUGCAGGUUGAGAACCCGUGUACAGAGCACACGACAUACAAGGUGUCCGUUACGGCGAGGGAGGAUGUACCUUCUUUUGGACCUCCGCUUCCAAACCCAGCGAUCUUCAAGAAGGGUCCCGAGUUUCGAGACUUCCUGCUGACAAAGCUGAUCAAUGCUGAAAACGCCUGCUACAAAUCUGACAAAUUCGCCAAACUAGAGGGGCGAACACGAGCUGCGCUGCUGGACAAUCUCCACGACGAGCUGCACAGACAGAGUCAAAGCACGCUCGGUCUGGGCCAGGUUGGCGAGGAGGACAAGCUUGAGAACGGGGGACACGGGGGCCUGCUGGAGUCCUUCAAGAGAGCCAUGCGGGUCAGGAGCCACUCCAUGGAGACCAUGGUGGGUUCUCACCGUCACAGGAGCCCUGGGGUAGGAGGUGGGGUCCCAGCCAGCCUCAGUGGCGGAGGACUACCGCAGAGCACAAGCGAAUGCACAAAGAGCACCUUCACCCCUCCCGUACUCUCAGCCAAGUCUCCUCUGAAGAGCCCCGUAAAACGGCGCUCGGGUCUCUUCCCCCGUCUCCACUCCAGCACAGAAACCACUUCAGACAAACACACACGCAGCGACCAAAAGUUUGCAGAAAUCUGCCCGCUGUCCCAAGAAAUGAGGUCAGAGACAUCAUCCAAUCCGAGCUCACCUGAGAUCUGCCCCAAUAAAGAGAGGCCAUUUGUCAAACUGAAGGAGUGCAGCAGCAGCGGCAGGCAGAACAUCUCCCGUUCUUCGUCUAGCACCAGCAGCUUCAGCAGCACCACGGGAGAAACAGAAGCUCUGGAAGAACUGGAGACAACCAUCCAUCCAUCCACAGCUUCUUCCUCUGCCUUCAGCCCUGCGCUGAACGUCGACAGCCAGGGAUCCUGUACCCCUGUUAUCAUGUGCCGCAGUCCGACGGAUGGAAAAACGAAGACUUCACCGAGGUCAAACUUGAAGUUCCGCUUUGACAAAAUGAGCCACUCAUCCACGACUUCUGAGUAGCUUUUGUGGAAUGGGGGGGAAAAGACAGACUUGCACAAUGAAGGGACGACGCCUGCUGACAGAGCCGCAAAAAAAUUAAUACAUUUUAAAAAAAUAAUACACAAGAACAACAACAACUACAACCACAAUAUCACUGUAGAACCACUUCCCAGGCCAAGGAUAAUCUGACAAGGUUACCGAGUCCCCGCACACUAGAAUCUAACUGAAACUACUGUGAGUAUAUAGGAGGAGAAGAAGCUGCCAUUUUGGCUUUGGUAUCUAACCAACUUUUAGCUACAGAUUAGUCAGUACUUGCUGCAUCAUCACUUGUUCACCUUACAUGAAGGUCUUGGCAUGGCUGUAAUACUGUGAGUUCGGGCUGAGCUAGACUCCGCCUCAGCUUUUUCCUUAAGCCUCUUGUUUGGUAGAGAGACACAAUGAUCUUCGAAGAAUUGUGACAUGAGUUUAUGGCUGAACUGUUAACCUUUAUCUCACUGACUGUUGAGUGCUCAGUGGAAAAAAAAAACAAAAAAAAAAGAAGAAAAAAUCAUCAGGAUGUCCCUGUUUGCCUUCGCCCCUGAACAUCCAGAAACGAAAACUCUGUGUACAGAAGACUUAAGGUAGCAAAACCCUCGGAGGUGGCGACACUGGGAGUCUUCUCCACUGUACUCUCUGAACUUGUUCUUUGCAUAUAUAAUUGCUUUUCCAGGGAACAUGUUUGAUUUUGAAGAUGCUUUUUGUAAUCCUGCUAGCUGCUACAUUGUGUCUACUGCACUAUCAAUGCGACAUGUCUCCUCCUAUAGGACAGCAUUUCUGUAUCCGUGAGGGCAGCUUCACAGCCCUGAUCUCAAGAGCCCAGCUCACAGCGGGGGGGGGGGGACACACAUUUUGCCACAAGCUUCUUUUAGCCAAAGCUGCGCCUUACAAUCUAUCAGAAGCCCUUUUCACCGCUGACGUGUUCUUUCCUUCUCUCCGUCUGUUCCUGCGUGUCUCUCACUAUGUGAGAGGACGAGGAUCUGGUUACGGCGCAGUUGUGGGUAGCUGAUCAACACCCACAUUUGAUGAAAAUAGAUGUUGCACUCAGUGAAACCAUUUCACCUUCUGAUACCUCCCAUUGAAACUUGCUAGCUUGAUGUAUGGGUGUAUGUGCGGUGGCUCUUUAGAACGCAAAUGUCUCAAGGGUUUCCCAGGAAGUGGUCAAGAUGACUUGAAAAAGAUGCUUCAGGUUAUAAUGAAACUUUGAACCACCUUUGUGGGGACAGAACACUUUGAAUGUAAACUUUGAGCCUUUUUUUUUUUUUUAAGUAUUUAGCUAUUGCAAAAAUCUCUUACAAAUACAAACUGCUAAGUGAGGUGCUCACAGGCACAAAAGGACCAUGGGUCUAAUCUUCAGCUAACAUUAGCCUGGAAAUGAAGCUUAAAGACACACAUAUUUGCUUCCAGUGUGACCAAACAACCAAACGUGGUAUGUGUUAGGAAUGUUGUGUAAUGUUACUGUGUCGGGAACAGUUCCUGUAGUUUAGGCUGGCCUAAGAGUGUAAAAGGUUUAAUAGCUGGGGUCACCCAAAUUACAAGUGCCCUCUGUAAUUAAAGUCACCUUUUAGCUUGCCAGGAAGCUGUUCUAACUUGAGUAGUACCUUUUUUUUUUAAUGUAUCCAGACUAGAGACAGGUGUGCUGUCUAACACAUGCUGUCCUCAGUCAGCGAUUACCUCGAGUAAGGGAAGCAGGGAUAGAAAUCCUAUGGGGAAGUUCAGAUGUCAUAUAGUUUGUAGCAGGUAUCGCCUAAAACGCCCUGCAGCCUUUCCUUUGUUAAUACGCUUAAGUUAUUAAACUUCUUUUGCAUUGAUGUCAUGUAAAAAUGUCACUGCAGAGUACGCUAAUUAAUACGGUGAAAUGAUUAAAGGAAAUAUAUUAAGUUAAAAGAUGUCUAAACAUGUAUAUGUAUAUUUGGUUAUGUAAUGUGCCAUUGAGAAUUUAUUCUAAAAUAAAAUGUUGUAUUUUGUGUCA